AUGGCAGACACUGCUUCAAAACCUCGAAGAAGAUCAUGGUUCCAAAAGAAUGGCGGAUUCACAUCCUUUUUCAUGACCGGAGGAGGUGGAUCAAAUCAUAGUAAUAGUCCUCCUUCCACGACACAACAAGCACAACAACCCACAUCACUCCCUUCUCCACCAUCACGAUCUCGUUCAUUGGACAUGGAGAAUGACAAUGGACCUGUCAAGUCGACAUUAGCAUCACGUAUAUCCAAGGCAGCCAAACGUGGUCUCAAGAGAAUACCUACCAGUGUUGAUCUACGACGCUUGGACGACACUUCAGACUCAUCCAGCAGUAAUAAACGUAGCAAGGUGAUCCCAUUCACAGCACCAUCCACACCACCCUCCGAAGAAGAUAAAGUCCUCGACGCUAUCGAUGCCACAUUCAUUGCAUCCGAUGAAGCUGAAGCUGAUAGAAUACAAUUCAAAAGUGAUUUGAUCCGCCUUGCAUUUGAUGGGGAGUUCUCCAUACCAUUUGACCUUCAAGAACUCCAUGGUGGCAAAUUACUCGAUAUCGGUUGUGGUCCUGGUUGCUAUUGCCUGGAAAUGGCUCAACGUUAUCCCAAUGUGGAUGUUUACGGCAUUGAUAUCGUGGAUCAUUUCCCACUCAGCCCACUCCCAACAAAUUGCACGUUCCUUGUCAUUAAUGCGCUCGACGACCAAUUCCUGUUUGACCACUUUGAUCAAGAAAGCAUUGACUUUAUCCAUAUUCGGUUCAUGUGCUUGAGUUUCACCAAGGAGCAAUACAUGCGGGUGGUCAACAACUGCUGGAAAUUAUUGAAGCCUGGCGGCUAUCUAGAACUCAUGGAGAUGGACUUUAUGAUUUAUUCACCAGGACCUACCACUGAAGAAAUGAAUCAUGACAUGCUUGCAGCGGCAAGAAACCGUGGAUUGAAACCUCGUAUGGCACGUCACCUUUGGUCAUUGUUUCCCAAGGAUGCCAUUUGCAGCGUGGAAAAAUAUCGUUCACUUCCACUAGGCCUAUGGGGUGGAAGAUUAGGCGUCAUGUCUCGCGAUGAUAUCUUCAACAUCAUGGAGAAUUGCCAAGGAUCUGUCAAUGAUUACAAAGCGGCAAAUCAUUUACCGAAUCGAAUGACUGCCCACGCCUUUGAAAUGCAAACCCAAAUCAUGGCAAAAGAGUUUGAGGAACACCAUAGCUACAUCAACUUUUAUUUCACCGUCGGACAAAAGCCUUCAACAUCCUCCUAG